CAAUCCGACUUACAAGAACGUAAACAAGGAGCCAAGAACUGUUGUUCCGUUGGCGAGAACUGUGGCACGUAUCCCGCAGAAGACGUUGAAGUAGAAGGUGUUGCACGUCUUGCAAAGAAGAGAUCUUCACGCUACUAGCAUAAAGAAGACUAAGAUUGAGAAACAUUGGCGAGCUACCAAAGUUAGAGGCGUGAGAUGUCUAUUGAGGAGGAAGAGGAUGCCAGCCUCAAGGAGCUGGUCACAAAGACCCUUCACAAUAAAGGAGUUCUCGGCAAGAUCCAGGCACAAUUACGGGCGAGUGUAUUCCUGGCUCUGGAGGAUGAAUUUAAGGAUAAAAAUAUACCACUUGUCAGUGCAUCGACCAGGAAGCUGUUGGCCACCCCUGAGGGCAGUGCUGCAGCUGCCCUCGUUCAGGAUUUUCUCCAGUGCCUCGGGCUAGAGUUCUCUCUUGCUGUUUUUGCACCAGAGUCUGGCCACUCUGUUGUGUGGAGUUUUCCUGGUACUGAAGCACUUACUAGUAAUCUUAACCUGAGUACUGAGAAAGAUCAUAAGACUCCAUUGCUGAUGGAGCUUGUGAAGGAGCGGAAAUCUUCAGUCAUGUCACAUACUGAGAAAAACAGUAAUGAAAUAAAGUCUUCUGUAAACAGCAACAAUGGGUAUCAUUCCUAUUUGCCACUCCCCAAUGGUCUCCUUUCCCAUCCACAUGCACUCGGUAGUAAUCCUCUGUCAAAUGCACUCAACAGUAAUCCUCUGUCAAGUGCACUCAGUAAUCCUUCUCACUCUCACGCACUUGGCAGUAAUCCUUCUCACUCUCACGCACUUGGCACUAAUCCUUCUCUCUCACACGCACUUGGCACUAAUCCAUCUCAUUCGCACGCACUUGGCACUAAUCCUUCUCACUCACACGCACUUGGCACUAAUCCUUCUCACUCACAUGUACUCAGCAGUAAUCCUUCUCACUCACAUGCACUCAGCAGUAAUCCUUCAAAUACCUCUAUAAAGAAAAAGGGAGCUGAUGAUACCGACAUGUCUGACAAAAGGAUGGUGGAGACCACAAGUGAAUUGAACAAAUGCAGUAAAGAUUUGCCUAAAGAGGCAGAGAAAACAAUAAGAAAUGAUGCUGAAAACAGUAAUGGUUUGGUUUUCAAGUUAGCAUCUGAAAAUGAACAUCUCGGCUCGGGGAACGUUAAAAAAGUUGGUACGAGCAGCAACAGUAUUUCAGGGUUCUCCAUCUUGCCACCAGUAGAGAAGAAAACCGGUCACAGUUCUCUCGCUGGUGAAGAAAAACAAUAUGAAGAAGACUUUUCAUCAAUGAGUGAUAAAGAGGAGCACGAUGGAGAGGACGACGAGGAAGUUGAAGAGGAUGAAGAGGGUAUUGAAGAAGCCGAAGAUAUCGAUGAAGACAUUUCAAUUGAUGAUUUAAUUAACUCCAGUGCCUCAGCUGGGUCAGAUCACACGAACGAUGUAUCACUGUCUCAAGCAAGUGAGGUGGCGAGCUACCAGGAGAGCCUCUGACACCACUCACGGCUCCCAUUAUGUCUGGCCUUCACGCACCACAAGUGCCACAACCUCACAUACACUCAAAUGAUCAUUAUGAUCAUUCUCAAGUGCUUAUUUGUUCAUUGUAUUAGGAACAUUCACUUUUAAGGAAUUAACCUAAAUGUUAAUAGGUUUCUCGUGUUUAACUUUUAUUUCAUUGAUAAAUUAUGAAGGGGCCAAUCUAAGCAAAGUUAUGCUUCCUUAGGGAAAUUGUUGGUUGUACGUAAUUGUAUGUUGUUAUACAGUACUUAUAUUUGCAUAAGAAGAUUUGUUUAUUCUAUACACAAAUAUAUUAUAACUUCAUCACAAUUCUAUACUUUAGCUAUUUUAUUAACGUCAAUAAUUGAAUAAUUGAAUCAUUGUCUGAUAAUCAGUUGUCUAUAAUUUACUUUGCAUCAUUAAAAAUGUUGUUCUUCAGAAUGUGCCCUUGACCUUCAGCUUUAGAGUGUUGGUAACUCGUGCAUAGCCCUAUCUCUCUCUCUCUCUCUCUCUUCCCCAAUUUCAGUUUCACUUUUGAGCUAUUUAAGUGUCACACUUUGCUUUUUUCUCUGCUUAUCAUCAUCAUUUAAUCAUUUGUCUUGCACUUUUUUCUUCAUAGUUGUUGUAUUAGUCAGCCAUAUUGUGUUAAUAUAAAUAACUUUUUACAUUACUUAUUUCUCCUCUGUGAUACCAUAUAGAGUAUAGUGCUAUGCAACUCCAGAGGCAUUCACCAUAUACUAAUAUGAAGCACAGUAUUGUCUGCAUUCUGCAUUGGGGUUUGAUUUUUGACUAAUAGACCAGGGGCCAGAUUCACGAAAGCACUUACGCAAACACUUACGAACCUGUUCAUCUUUUCUCAAUCUUUGGCGGCUUUGUUUACAAUUAUUAAACAGUUAAUGAGCUCGGAAGCACCAG